UAUAGUCGGGACGCUGUUACACGCCCACCGAGAGCGCGCGCGUCCGUCAGUCAGUGCGCGACAAGAAGCGACGGAACACAAAUAAAUAAACAAACAAAUAAAAUCAACAGAUCGGCGAGUUCAAAGACAAGAAGAAAAACAUCUUUUAAAAAUAAUAAAAUAUCAGAGCUCGUGCUUCCGGUGGUGAGACGGCGCUGGGAUUCGCUAUGGCCGCGCAGAUGUCGUCCGGGUUCGGGAGCUUCUCCCACGCCGUGGUGCGCGAUUUACCCGCGUCGUUCGCCGCCAGUGCGCUCCGGAGUGACGCCGGACAGCAGGUGGAUGCGGUGCGCGCGCAGCGCGAGCACGACCACUGCGUCGACGUGCUUCGGAACCGGCUCGGUUUCGAGGUGAUCGAGCUUCCGGCCGACGAGUCUCUCCCUGACUGCGUGUUCGUGGAGGACGCGGCGGUGGUGUGCGGAGACACCGCCCUGAUCACCAGACCGGGGGCCGAGAGCCGCCGUGGAGAGACCUGUGCCAUGAAGAAUGCUUUGAAAGAGCUUGGCCUGAACAUUGUGGAGAUGACUGAUGAAUCAGCUACCCUGGAUGGAGGAGACGUUCUUUUUACGGGUCAAGAGUUCUUCGUCGGCUUGUCAGAAAGAACCAAUCAAAGAGGGGCAGAGAUCCUGGCAGACACCUUUAAGGACUAUGCUGUGUCUACUGUUCCAGUAAAGGGUUCUCUGCACCUGAAGAGUUUCUGCAGUAUGGCAGGUCCAGGACUUAUCGCUAUUGGUUCCAGCGAAACAGCUCAGAAAGCCCUGAAGACAAUGGAGCAGAUGAGUGAUCAUAAAUACGAUAAGCUCACACUUCCUGAUGAUGUUGCCGCUAACUGUGUGUACAUGAACCUGCCUGGUAAAGGCCACGUCCUGCUGCACUGCACACCAGAGGAGUUCCCAGAGAGUGCCAAGGUGUUUGAGAAGCUGAAGGAGCACAUGCUCAUCCCCAUUCCCAACGUGGAGAAAAGCAAGGUGAACGGAGCGCUCACAUGCAGCGUAGUUCUGAUCAACAAGCCAGCCAAGAUCUAACGGGUCGUACGAGUGCACACUUCCCCCCUGCACUGAAGAUGUCUGGGCUGCUGCUGUGUGCUGGGAUCAUGGUGGAGGACUGGAGGCUAAUUCACGGGUUUUGGUCCAAAAUAUAAACCCAACCUUAAACUGUGGCUAAAAGAAUUAAAACUGAAUACAGGAUCUGAAACGCUAUUGGCUGGAAAUGGUGUGGUUAUGAAUUAGAGUUCAGGACCUUCUCCUUGGUACCCCAAUGCCUUAAACACUGAGCUUCCACUGCCAGCUAUCACUGCAGAGAUGCUAACAUAGUCUGCAGAUUAGCAUUCAUACAGCUCGGAAUUUAUGUCUUUCUACUGAGACAAUUGAGACAGGGUUUCUGUCCAGUUUAAGACUUUUUAAGACCUUUUUUAACACCAUUAUGAGUGAAAUGUACGACUGAUUUCACCACAUCAAACACAAAUUCGUGGUUGGCGCUCGGCCUUUCCCGAGAUCUAAAUUACAUUUUUAAAGCCAAGUAUCACUAAACUCGCACUUCUCCUUCGCUGAAAAAUAAAAUCCAUUUUACGUCUUUGGUCCGAUCCGAGAGAUUCACUCUAAUAGCAGGAAGCUGAUUGGCUGUUGCAUGUUGGUCUCAUUUGCAUUCGUAAAUUAUUUUUGGACCAACGAAAGGAAGAACUACAACCAUCACAGAAACCAUUUGUUCUGCAGGAGCAUUUUAAUGAGCAUCAGAUGCACAUCAGGAAAAUUAAGACCUGUUUUAAAUGAUUUAAGACCCAGAACAGAGAAUUUAAGACUUAAAUUGUAGAUUUUUUUGACUCUUUUUUUUUUUUAUUCUUUUUUUUUCCCCCAAACGAAACAGCACUUAAAUGGAACACAGCCUGUGAUUGAGCCUCCACUCAUUCCAUAUUCAACACUGUGCUUUUCUCCAAAACCUUUAAUUCCUGGUCCUCUAUAACCUCUGCUGUUCCUCAUUCUGCUAGUAGUAGUAGCGUGUUAGCAUUUUCUGGCCACGGCAAGCAGACCAGACAGAUUUCACACUCGUCUGUAUUCCAGUGCCCUUAAUUCACUUCACCUCAGUGCAUUUCAACCCAACACCAGGGAACAUGCCGAACCCUGGCAAACCCGGACCUCACAAAAGCCUCGUCGAGAUUAUUCCAGCCUUUUUCGGUUGCAGGUGUAAAAGUGUGCGUUUACGUACAUGACCCGAGUUUCUGAUUGUUUACAAUUCUUUUAGAAAAAAGCCACUAGAAGACCCUGUCACUGUUCCUGCUGUUUUUAUACAAUCAAGAACAUCAACCAGAUUCCAGAUUUCAGUAGCUACUAAAAUCCAGGACACCAAAAAUAAAGAGCUCUUGCAAUGA